AUGGGUGUUUUGAACCGCUUUGUUUUGAUUGCUGUGUUGUACAUUCUUGUUGUGGAUAGUUUUGGGGUGGCUGAUCAUGGGGUUAGUGGAGUUGAUGAUAAAAAGCGUUUGAUACGUCGUCCAUUUUUGUUCAAAGCCAAGGGAGGAGGUCUAGGACGUGGGAUAUAUAAGAAGGGUUUUAGGCAUGGCAUUGGUGGUGGUCUAGGUGGUGGUUUUGGUGGUGGUGGAGGCAUUGGUGGAGGAGGUGGUUUAGGUGGGGGUGCUGGUGGAGGCUUUGGUGGUGGUGGAGGACUAGGUGGCGGUGGUGGUCUUGGGGGUGGUGGGGGUGGAGGAUUAGGUGGUGGAGGAGGUCUUGGGGUGGUGGAGGCCUAG